AUCAGACUCAGGACAGAAACACACAACCUCUGAAAAAUGGACCAAAGUCUCUAUUUCCUUCUUCUGCUAAUUGCUCUCUGCUCCGUAUCUGAAUGUGUUCAGCGUCAGUAUCACUUUAUAAGUGAGAAGAAGACCUGGACUGAAGCUCAGAGAUACUGCAGAGAGAAUUACACAGAUCUGGCCACCGCUGACAACAUGAACGACAUGAACGAGUUGAAGAAGAUUGUGAAUGAUAAACCUGCCUGGAUCGGUCUGUUCAGAGUCAGUGGCUCAUGGCAGUGGUCAGAUCAGAGUGACUCCUCAUUCAGAUACUGGAUGUCUGGUCAACCUGAUAAUCAUGGAGGUGUUGAAAACUGUGCAGAGAUUACAGCAAACACUCAAUGGAAUGACAACUCUUGCAGCCACCAAUUGACUUUUGUGUGUCAUGAAGAUAAACUGAUUGUGAUCACAGAGAAUCUGACGUGGUCUGAAGCUCUGAGAUACUGCAGACAGAAUCAUGUGGAUCUGGUCUCGGUUCAUUCAGAAGAGAUUCAGCGUCGUGUGAUGAACGUGGUUAAACGGGCGUCUACUGCAGCGGUGUGGUUGGGUUUACGUCACUCCUAUAUUUUGGGUACUUGGUUCUGGGUGAGUGGAGAGACCGUGUGCUAUCAGAACUGGGCUCCAGGGAACGGCACAUCAGAGGAGGACUGUGAACACACAGUGAGAUCUGGAACAGUUCAGUCUGGAGGAGAUCAGCACUGGAUCAGCCGUCCUGAAACUGACAAACUCAACUUCAUCUGCAGCAGAUAUUAAGAGUGAAAGGAUACACAGACCUUUCAUGUAAGAAAACAAAUGCUUGUGUUCACGUCCUCUAACUUAAGUAAUAAUUUUACAUAUAAUAAUUUUAAUCUCAGCAGACAAUUGUACCUGAGGGUUAAAAAGGCAGAUUUUUUACUCAGAUCUUUAAUAUAGUUCAAAUGCAUUUUUCAGUAAACAGUUAUUGAGCUGUAAAUUGUCUAAAUUUCUGUUGAUGCAUCAGUGUGUGAUUUCUGUAGGUUUGUUUGCUCUAUUUUAAGAGCUGUUAAUGCAUGUUUUGCUUUUACAUACUCUUUCAACAUCAUAAUCUGUAGGACCACCUUUAGCCCAAAAAACUGUGGCCCUGAUAAGUCUUUUGGGGUAUCUGGUACCACAAUGUCAAAAGCAGUUCCUCCAGUUCCUGUACAUUGCAGGGUAGUGAUGAUGUAGCACAAACCUGCUUUUUGAUUGUGUUCAUGUCACCUGAAUUCGGAGGCCAAGGCAUUAACAUAAAUUCACCAUCAUAUACACAUUAAUAUUUUGUUCCUUCUAUUUCCUUCUAUUUUAUUAUGAUAACUCAUGAAUUUAAGGUCAUUUUGUGUUUUAAGGAUCUCUCUGUUGGUGUGGCUACUUCAAUUUCUCUUAUAUUACAUUUUUGGAUUAUUAGAUUUGAAAUGACUGGUUGAAUGUGAGUUAGCAAACCUAACAUUACGUGCCUCAGUGAAAUUAAGUAUUGUUUAUUCUUUAAAAAGUGAAGGUUUUAUAUAAAAUAUCUUGAAACCUUUUGUGCUCAACAUAAAAGAAUGUGUCAACAACACCAGCUCA